UAAUAUUGGCCCUUUGAAUCAGCUAUCUUAUCUGUUAUUAUUACAAUUAGGGAUAUCCAUCAAGAUAACGGUGAAUUGUUGGAUGUCGUGAACAAGAUUCAUACUUCUGUUCCUUCUUCCUGCCCAAAUUCAAUCAGUGGUUCUAAUCCUCUCACUACAAAUUCAAAUGACCCUGAAGAAGUCCCUGAAAGUGAUGUUAAUGGAGAGCUUAAUAGCACUCCUGUUUCAUCAACCCCCGCUGCCCCCACGAGUGAUUCCGAAUGGUCUGGCGAUGCUGAUGAUCUGGAAGACUUCUAUGAUGAUGAAGUUGAGACAGUUUCUAUGGAGACCACAUCAGCUUCUGUAGUAGAUACGCCUGCAUCGGCUGCACUUGAUACGCCUACAUCGUCUGUAGCUGAUACCCCUUCCUCAUCUGAAGUCCAAACACCUACAUCGUCUGUUGAUACUACAUUUUCAUCAUCUGAACCAGUUACAGACAUAGCUUCUGAAUUAGAUACACCAGUGUCAUCUGGUCUUUAUACUCCCACAUCGUCUACAUCCGUUACACCAGUCAGUACUACGUCAGCUGAACCAGACUAUGCCUCUUCUGUCCAAGCCGACCCCGCUACUGGUUCUGUGACGGCUAUUCAUGGUGGUCCAUGUUCCAAUUCAGGCCAUCAAAUGUGUCUUCAAUCGGGUGAGUCAACUCAAUGGUUGACCUGUAACUUUGGUAAAUGGUUAUCUCGUGACUGUGCUUCGGGUCUUGUAUGCUUUGACGGGAUAAAUGCCGGUGCACUUUAUUGCGAUUUCCCUGCAGACAUAAAAGCUGCUUCUGCACCCUCUUCGUAUUCAUUACUUCCUACACCAUCAGGAGUAAAAUCCAAUGAUUUACCUGACGCUAUUAUGGCUUCACCUUUAUUAAAAAUGUUACCAAAAAGCAGCGUGUAACCUUACAAAAAAAGUACAUAUGUUCCCCUUUUGAAAACGAGUUACCUUACCCGAGAUUUAAUCCCUUUACCCACCCCCUUUUUAAUAAAUUUAACGCAUGUGUCAAAGGUU